AGAAUCGCCAACCGUGUGAAGAUGGGGAAGAAGGUGGAAAAAUCCCUCAAGGAGAAAAAUCAAUCGGCUGUCAGCCAGGACGAAGAUGAUCCAAAUAAAACUCCAGAGCCAUACAGCUGUACAGGAAAUUUCCUAGCCGAUUUUACAGAGCUAUGCAAGAGAAGCAAUAUGGCUGUCAUUCCUCCAGUUGUUCACAGGGCACGACCUCCGACCUCGCAGUCACAAGUUGAAAGUUCAAAACCUGAAAAGGGCAAAGAAAAAGGCAAGACAAGUGCACAACAGCAGCAGUCGGAGGUGGAACCUGAUCCAGAAUUAAUGGAAGGUGAACCAGUUGAACCACCACCGAAGACCUUUGUGUUGAAGGAGAAAUUUGAAUAUUUUAAACCCUCUGUCCAAGUAGAGAUGGAGAACUAUGACAAACCAGACACAGUCACCGAAAUUUUCAUCAGAGGUUGGAAGAUUGAUGAAGCGAUGAUGUCUACGUUUGCCCAGUGCUGGCCUGUUAUGGAGAAACUCCACACAAUCAAUCUGUGGAACACUGGCCUGACAGGAGAGACAGUCACCAUGAUGGCUCACUGUAUUCCCAACAUCGUCAACCUCAGAACACUGAUACUGGAUGGUAACUGUGUGGCAGCAGAGAACUGGCAUGAACUGAUGAGUGAAGAAAGUCCACUCCAGAACCUGUCGCUCAGACACUGUGGUAUCACAAAUAAGGGGGCACAGUCUAUAGGGGGAGCUCUCGGUAACAUCAAGAAGGCUAACAUGAAACUCAUCUCCCUCAACCUAGCCGGCAACAUGAUUGGUGAUGUUGGUGCAGAACACAUUGCUAUGGGACUUCGAAUGAAUAGGACUCUGAUGUCACUGUCUAUGGCAUCCAAUCAAAUCGGAGAUAACGGUGCUAUAAAGUUGGGGGAGGUACUAUCUAGAUUUCCUCUUUCACAUGAAGAAGUUGUAGAGCGACGGAAACAGUUCUCAGAAAAAGGUUCCCCAGACAGAAAUAAAUCACCACCACCAAGUCGACGGGCAGACUCUAAGGACCGCCCCGGAAGUGUACGCAGCAGUUCACAUGCAGAUAAAGACAAGAAGGCAGGCAAACCAUCUGGAAAAAAGAAGGAAGGUAAGGGUGGGAAAGAUGCUAAAGAAGAGGAGAAACAUGACAAAACUAAAGGAGGGAAGAAAGAAAAGGAUGAGAAAGGUGGCCAAAAGAAAGACAAAGGAUCUAGUGUCGGGGGUAGGAGCUCUGGAGCAUCUAUAGCAGCAGAUACAAAAACAGCAGGCAAAGGAAAAGGCAAGGGUAAGGACAAAGGCAAGGGCCCUGCGGUACAGGAAGUAGAGGACGCUGGAGCUUCCGACUUUGUUAAUCCUCUGACGGACGCCGCUGAUUUUAUAGAUGGCCAGCUCCUAGUAGCAGGGAACAGAGUUCUCAUCAACCUCAACUUGUCCAGGAACUGUAUAGGAGAACGUGGACUGGCUGCUUUAUUAAAAGCAAUGCAGUAUCAGACAACACUAACACACGAUAGUAAGAGCAGUGGGACCGGAUUGAUGAGGAUCGGAGUUCAUAAAAACAAAGCGUCACCAGACAGCGAGGUGCUGGCUAAGCUAACAGAAUUCAUGAUGCCGAAGGACCCGUUUUAUAAACCGCCACCACAGACACCAGACGGAGACUCCAACUCCUAACUUAGUAUUGGCUGGUAGUGAUAUCCGUCCACACGUGAACUAUCUACUCAUUUCUCAUCCUGCUAUAAAAUGUAAAACUUUGAACUCAUUUCGUGCAUUUGUCCAAAAAUGAAGAAAUUUAAAUUUAUUUUGAUAAAAAAAGCAGAAGAAAAAAAUAAUGAAGGGAAGUCUACAAAUAUCUAAGUAUGCAUUUCU